AUGGCAGAAUUUGCAUACAACAAUGUGGUCCAUAGCAGCACAGGGAAAACACUGUUCAAAGAACUAUAUGGAUGGGAACCUACCCUCAUGGCUAGCAAUGUGCCCACAGACAUACCAGAAGCAGAUGAUCUGGCCAAGACCAUGGAAGCCCAAUGGAGAAAAGCUGUCCCAAUUGAAUUUGAAGUGGGCAAGGAAGCAUGGUUAGAUGCAAAAAACAUGAAGUUCAAAACCAUGAGCCCCAAACUAAUGGAACAAUGUCUGUGUCAUGCCCUAGAGGUGUGA